AUGAAGCCCACCUUUUCGCUUAUUGUGCCCGCAAGUAUCCUGCUUUUAAGCUGUUUUCAUCUUUGGAAAUGGGCCUCCAACUACAUACCUGCUACUUCUUUAUCCCUUUUCAGCGCAUUUGCCGCUAGCCCUCUACUUGAUGAUGACUAUGCGUGUACGCAUGAGUAUAGCAUCGAACUUUUGUCAGUGGACCCACUGGUAAUAUAUAUCAAUGGGUUCGUCAAGGACAAUGAGAUUGCUCAUCUUCUCCACAAGACGUCAGUAUGGCCUCGCGAUAUCAACAUCUGCAACUUCUCACACGCUGUCUACAGAAAAGAUGAUUUCUCACCCUCCUACGUCUACGAACACGACACCAAGAAGGAUAAAAUAUCUUCUCAGGUCAAUUCUACCUGGCGUACCUCUACAUCAGCUAUGGUAUCAUAUAGAGAUCCAGUAUCCCGUUGCCUCGCCAGCCGUCUGAAGUCACUGCUAGGUAAUCUUCAACACCCUGACACUGAGAGACUCCAGAUCGUCAAGUAUAAGGGCGGGGAGCGCUUCCGAAUGCAUAACGAUUACUUGCCAGUUCACCUUGAAGCGAAACAGCCAGAUGGAAGUAUGAAAAAGUUCAAUCGACUGGUGAGUACUUUUAUCUAUAUAGGCGACGAGUGUACUGGGGGAGAAACGUACUUUCCUGAUAUCAAGGGGGUUGGUCCGGAUGCCGACGGAGAUAAGUUUUCAAGAACUGAAACUGGCAUGGGGCUCUUGGUGAAGCCCAAGAAAGGAAACGCGGUACUAUGGCACAAUGUGCAUCAAAACGGGACUCGUGAUGAGAGAAUGGCUCACGCAGGAUUGCCGGUCCGAAAUGGCACAAAAAUUGGUAUGAAUCUAUUUGGGAUUUACUACCCGGAUGAGCCGAUUGUAGGUGGUAGCCAUGUUUAG